AUGGAUUUGAGCUCGGCGAAUGCUUCUCCUGUUCUUGCUGAUCCCGCUCUUAUAAAUCAGACAAGGUUGGGUUUCCAUUCCAGUGUGUUUACUCGCUCAUCAGGCACUUCAUUCUCCUUGAUUCCAAAAAAGAAGCCUGGCAAAUUUGAUGAUGUACUCUCAAAUGGUUGGCUUGAUGCCAUGCAAUCUUCUUCACCUCCUAGUAAGAAGAUGCUUAAAGAUGUCGGGGUUGAGCUUGCUUCUGAUGACAAUGAUCUUGUUUAUUAUUCUUGGAUGCUCAAGUAUCCAUCGGCCAUCAAGUCUUUUGAUCGUAUUAUAAAUCGUGCAAAUAAUAAAGAGGUAGUGAUAUUCUUAGAUUAUGAUGGUACGCUCUCACCGAUAGUAGAUGAUCCCAAUCGUGCUUUUAUGUCAAACGAUAUGCGUUCUGCUGUUAAAGGCGUUGCAAAGUACUUUUCCACGGCGAUCAUCAGUGGAAGAAGCCGCGAUAAGGUUUACGAGUUAGUAGGACUAACGGAACUCUUUUACGCUGGUAGUCAUGGUAUGGACAUCAUGUUCCCUGCCAAGAACACACUGUCUAUCAACCAUACAAACUAUAUUAGGUCUACUGACAAGCAGGGAAAGGAAGUAAAUUUCUUCCAGCCUGCUAGAGAGUUUAUACCAAUGAUUGAUGAGGUUUAUAGGACCCUUGUUGAGGUGACGAAGGAUAUCCCAGGGGCACUUGUGGAAAAUCACAAAUUCUGUACUUCUGUACAUUACCGUAAUGUAGAUGAGAAGAGUUGGCCUACAAUCGCACAAUGUGUCCAUGAUGUCUUGAAAGAUUAUCCUCGUUUAAAAUUAACUCAUGGGCGGAAGGUUUUAGAGGUCCGUCCUGUGAUUGAUUGGGAUAAGGGGAAAGCCGUUGAGUUUCUACUUGAAUCAUUAGGGCUAAGCAACAAUGAUGACGUGCUUCCAAUUUAUAUCGGAGAUGAUAGAACAGAUGAAGAUGCAUUCAAGGUUUUGAGAGAGAAAAAUCGAGGUUAUGGAAUUCUGGUAUCUUCCGUUCCCAAAGAAAGCAAAGCUUUCUUGUCCCUUCGUGACCCUUCGGAGGUCAAAGACUUCCUUAAAUCUCUGAUUAAAUGGAAAGAACACAUAUCUGGUACUGAUAAACGAUCAAAAGAAGCAGUAAAGCAUACAUCACCGCAAUUCGUCUUUGGUGGAUUUUGAGUUUGAAGAGUAGUUUGGUAAAUAAGCCAAGGUCGAGCUCGAGGCCCGUGGGAACUGCAGGCCGAGCUGGCAACUUUUUGUUUCGGUGUUAUUUCGAGUUUUUUUAAAUUAUGCUGUUGAUUAUUGGUUGUUAUUUGUUUGACUCAUGGUAUGAAUCCUUUUGGAUUUUAUUUGUCUUGAGUUUUGGUAUUUGAAAGAAACAUUUGUUGUUUUAAGACAUGUAUUUCAUUGGCCUAA